AUGCUAUAUUUCUGGUAUUAUAUUUUAUUUAGAUCUUCUCGUCAAAUAGCGAAUUUCUGUGGCAGGACGGCCAAGUCGAGUGCGGGGGUUAUUUGCAAACCAAUUCAUUUAAUUCUGUUGACCGGCUUCCCUUGCUCGGGGCUGACCUACCGUGCGCGCCAACUAGCUACGUUCUUCGAAGACCUGCAAUCGUCCCUCCCUGCUACCUCCAAAUCUCGAUAUAAAAUCCAUAUCGUCACUUCACACGAUGAAGCCCACCCACGCACUGUAUACGAUACUGCCAGAUCAGAAAAGCAGGCAAGAGCUGUGGUGUACGCUCGCGUGAAAAGGUUACUAGGAAGAGAUAGCAUUGUUAUUGUGGAUGGAAUGAAUUAUAUAAAGGGCUGGCGGUAUCAACUGUGGUGUGAGAGUAAAGAAGCCAGGACAACAAGUUGUGUGGUCCAUAUAGGAACUCCAAUAGACCAGUGCAUCUCCACGAAUGAGGCUCGCCUGAAAAAAAAGCGAGAAAUUAUGGAAACCUGUGAUCAGCAGCCGGAACCAGCCUCUGUCGAUCCUGAAGCAGAACAGCAGGCCGAAUCUGGCGACGAGGCUACGACAACGGGUGCCGCGGUUGGGGAUAAUGAGGAACCAUACCCACCAGAACUAUUGACUAACCUCAUAUAUCGUUAUGAGGAACCCUCUACAGCGAGCCGUUGGGAUAAACCGCUUUUUACUGUACCCUGGGCUGAUACAACGCCCCCCAUUGAUGACAUAUGGUUUGCCAUAACCGGGCAGAAGAUAACGAAAGAAGAGAACCAAAAUAAGCCUGCUUCCGGUUUAUUCUCUCAAACUGACCCUGGGCCUAAUGAGACGAGUUCUACGGCUGAUGCACCCUCCAUUGCCACUUCCGCUAAAAAAACCUCCCUCCAGCGACCUACAUCAACUCGACCAAAAAUAGUCCCUCACCAAGCGACGGCAGCGCCGCCAAAAACGGAUCCAACCGCACUAUACGCGAUUGAAAAAACCACAUCAGAAAUAAUAUCAACAAUACGCAAAUAUUCCUUGGAGAACCGAUCACCAUCUUCUUCCACCUAUUUAGCAAACCCACAGGCCCCUGGCAUAACGAUACCCAUUCCUUCUACAAAGACAUCUGUCUAUAUACCUCCUUCGACUCUUGCUUCUGCCCCUACAGAUGAUUUAGCCGGCGCAGGAGGAGUUCUAACGCUCCCACGCCUACAAAGACUAAGAAGACAGUGGGUUGGAAUGAAUAGGGCAUUUGCUGGGCAUGGCCAUGGUAUGGGCCAAGGCAGGCUGAAUGAAGAAGAAGUCGGCGAAGCGUUUGUGAGAUUUUUAAAUGCUGAGUUUGAAGGCAUGACCGAAUUCUAG